UACAACCUUAUGGAUCGUCCCUUGAGAGUUGUUUUACUUCUCAGGUUUCUAAGCAUUGCAACCAUUCCGGUUAUCUUAGCCAAUGGAAAUCUGGGUGUGCCUUAUUGCAAAGAAAUCGAGAGACGAGCCCUUUUGACGUUCAAGCAAGAUCUUACUGAUUCUUCAAAUCAACUUAUGUCCUGGGAUGGUGAAGGAGACUGUUGCAAUUGGGCUGGAGUUUUUGUCUACCAUAACUUAACCAGUCAUGUCCGCGAGCUCCGCCUUGGUAAUUACUAUUUGGCUGGUAAGCUAAAUCCUUCUCUGCUCAAUUUAAAGAAUCUCCAUUACUUGGACUUAAGCAACAAUGAUUUUGAAGGAAGACAGAUUCCUAACUUCUUUGGUUCUCUUGCAAGUUUAAGACAUCUUGACCUGUCACAAGCAGAUUUUCAGGGAAUAAUUCCUCCUCAACUGGGGAACCUCUCUAAUCUAUGCUAUCUCGAUCUCCAUGAUAACUAUUUUGAGGUGAAGAACCUUCAAUGGAUUUCUGAUCUUUCUCUGUUGCAACACUUGGACAUGAGUGGUAUAAAUCUAAGAGAAGCAGAUGAUUGGUUGCUAGGGACAAACAUUCUCCCCUCUUUGCUAGAGUACUUACACAUGUCCAAUUGUGGACUUAAUCAAAUUCCAGUUGGUAUUGCAAACAUUACCACUCUUAAAGUUCUUAAUCUCGAAGCUAAUUCUCUCAGUUCUACCAUACCUAAAUGGUUGUACAGUUUUAGCCAUCUUGUAUGGCGAAAUUUCAAGCUCGAUUGGAAACUUGACAAACAUUGGCAAAUCCCAAACUCAUUGGGAAAUCUUUGCAAGUUAACGGUUCUUGAUCUAUCAAGGAACCAUGUCAGGGGAAGGGUAUCGGAAAUCCUUGAAAGUUUGUCCUGGUGUAAUUCAAGUCAACUUGAGUCUUUGAGCUUAUCCUCUAAUAAUCUUUCUGGUCACCUGACAGAGGAGCUAGGAAAGUUUAGAGCCUUAACCGUCCUUGAUCUUUCCAGCAAUUCAAUAUCAGGUCCCAUUCCAAUGUCCUUGGGGAAUCUAUCAUUCUUAGAACAAUUACGCAUUCAUAAUAAUUCAUUCACGGGUGUUGUCUCUGAAGUUCAUUUUGCCAAUCUUACAAGAUUGGUGCAACUUUAUGCAAAUAAGAAUUCAUUGACUCUGAAAGCCAGUCGAGAUUGGCUUCCACCAUUUCUACUUCAAAUAUUGUUCUUAGAUUCUUGGGACCUGGGGCCAGAGCUACCUAUGUGGCUUCAGAGACACACACAAUUGCAAUAUCUAAGCAUAUCCGAUACAAGAAUUUCCGGUACCAUCCCAACCAGGUUUUGGAACUUUUCUUCCCAAUUAAGGUUUGUGGAUCUCUCUCAGAAUCAACUGUAUGGGGAGGUUCCAAACAUACUUGGUGCCCCUUUAGACGUCAUUGACCUGAGUUCCAACAAUUUCAGUGGUUCAUUACCUCUUGUCUCCUCCACAGUUGAUGUACUAGAUCUUUCCAAUUCAUCAUUUUCUGGAUCUAUCUUUCACUUCUUUUGUGAUAGCAUGGAUAGACCAAAACAGCUUAGAAUUCUCUAUCUCGAGAACAACAAUCUCGCUGGAGAAAUUCCUGAGAUUUUGAUUGUCCUGAAUUUAGAUAACAUUAGCUUUAUUGGGAACAUUCCAAUCUCCAUUGGACAUUUGCUUUUCCUCCAAUCACUGCACUUGCGCAAUAAUCACCUCUCUGGUGAAAAUAAGUUCACUGGUAGCAUACAGACAUGGAUAGGGGAAAGCAAUUCAAAUUUGAUUAUUCUCAGCCUUCGUUCAACUAUGCUUCACGGCGACAUUCCUCAUGAACUCUGCAAUCUUGUAAAUCUCCAAAUCUUGGACCUCGCACAUAAUAAUCUCUCGGGAACGAUCCCAAGAUGUUUCAACAGUUUUAGCGCCAUGGUCAGCUUGUCAAACUCAGGAGGUCCCAUUUCAUUCUUCAGUUAUACGUAUGGUUCCUCUGAGAAGUAUAUGGAGAAUGCAAUCUUGGUGACAAAAGGCAGAGAACUAAAAUAUGGCAAAUUUCUUACUUUGGUGACUAGCUUGGACCUUUCAGACAACAUGAUAUCUGGAGAGAUCCCUCAAGAAGUGACCAGCCUCACCAGCUUGCUAUUUUUGAAUUUAUCAAGAAAUCAUUUGACUGGAAAAAUACCUUCUAAGAUUGGUGAUAUGGGAUCGUUAGAAUCUCUUGAUCUUUCCAUGAACCAUCUUUCUGGUGAAAUUCCUCCAAGCAUGUCGACUUUGACAUUUCUGGCUGACCUGAACUUGUCUUACAACAAUUUGACUGGACAGAUUCCGAAAAGCACACAGAUUCAGGGAUUUGAUCAGUCCAGGUUUAUCGGUAACAAACUUUGUGGACUUCCACUCAAUGAGAGCUGCAAGGCAAAUUGGGUAAUACCACCAGUAGCUGUUAAGAAACACAGAGGAAGCCAUUUAGUUGAAGACGGUUGGUUCUAUCUGAGUUUGGGACUAGGAUUUAUGUUCGGCUUCUGGAGUGUUCUUGGUUCGUUGCUGCUAAACUUUCCAUGGAGCUUUGCCUUUUCACAGUUGCUGAACAGCAUUGUCCAAAGACUUAAUGGUUAGUUGCAGAUGGAGGU